AUGAAGCCAGUCCCCCUGCUCCUGCUCCUCUCCUCGGUCCUCCUCUCAUCGCACCUCCGCCCCGCCGCCGGCAGACCGCGCAUCCUCCCCGGCUGGCUGGAUGGCAGCGGCCGCCUCCAGACGCAGCAACUGGACGAAGUGCUCCUCAGAGCGGCCGCCGCCGGGGACAGCACCGCCUCGGAUCUCCUGGGCGACAACAUCCUGAGGUUUCUCCAAAGGAGGAACCUGAACCCUCUGCGCCUCCUCCCACCACAAGAGGAGAGCGAGGAUGAGGCGGUGAGGACGGCGGUGCAGCUGUUGAAACGGAGCGAAGAUCCGCCGCUGUCCAUCGACCUGACCUUCCACCUGCUGAGGAAUAUGAUCCAGAUGGCCAAGAUGGAGAGCCAGAGGGAGCAGGCUCAGCUCAACCGCAAAGUCCUCGACGAGGUCGGGAAGUAAAGCUCUAUUAUCUUAUUUUUUUUAAAUGCCUCAUUAAAACAGCCCAACCGCUGUCUAAGUAUUCAAGACCUCUAACAUUAGUUGUUGUUUGUGCGCCUGCCUUCUUCUCCACAUCAUUUUACGCACAGAUGGUGCCAAAUUACGCAUCACAGCAGCCGCGAGUAAAAUGUAAAAUCUUAAGUGUUAUUUAAAGACUUUGUUGGAAAACAUGGAAACGGACUUCUCAGACUCCCUCCACCGUCCCCCCCUGGCUUCACCCUCACCCCUCCUCACCCCUCCUCACACACACUCUUCUCCGCACUGGACUUUUGGGAAACUGACGGGUCUUACUGGAUUUCAAACUUUAACAUUGGGACACAUUUAAUCCGGAUAUAAGCAGCGCUGUUCUUUGUCAUUUGUCUCUCUGAUCAAAUGUUUUGAUGCUGUGAAGUGGAAAUGACAGAUCACAAGUUACCAAAAUUCUCAAACUCAAUAUUUCCAGAGUUUGUACUCUUUUGCUAAAUUACAGUCUGACUUUAUUGAGCUCUUUCUCGUCAGCAAAUUGGGUGAGCUCGGUGUUAAAAUGCUUGUGUGGAACAUUUUAAUGAUGCUCAUGAUAUUUACCCCCUUUUAUAGAGUCCUUGCUUAGGCUGCAGCUACAUGAGUCUAAUGUCAGGUGCAUUAUGGGUGCCACCACGCAACUGAAUUGGUGUUGUGUAGAAACCAUCUAAAAUAUUAUUAUUAUUAGUGCUGAUUGAACUCUGGUCUCCAGUUUAUGAUCACAAUAAGGUAAAUAAAGAACAAAAUACUCACUUACUAUCUUCAUAUAACAUACUUAAGGCUGAUCCUUCCUGUUUGCCGUCCACAUCCUCUCACUAGUUCAUAUAAAUGACAAAUUCAUACACUACUACUAAAACAAAGGGGUAAUUAUGUGAUUAUAAGAUAGAAACAUUCAAAACUCCUCUCUGUGGAUAUCCAACUGUCCUCUGUUAUUGAUUAAUAUCCUGGGAUUGAUGGGAUUGGUUUGAAAAUGGAUCUGAGGUGGAAGGAAAGAGAAAACGCACUUUAUGUUGAUUUGUUUGUCGCCUCUUACCUUCAUCCUCUGUUCUGUCCCUUUUUAGUUUCAGCGGGAGCACUAUCACCUGUACUGUAUCAACUGUAGCAUGCUAAUCUACAAAAAAAGUAAGAAAAAAAGCUUUAUUUUACCGUAAACAUUCACGUCUGACACUGAUCACAUUGUAUUUGUUUUAGCAAAGGAA